AUGAAUAACAGGGCAUUUUUGAUAUUGACUGUUUUAGUGGCUAGUUUCGUUCAAUCUUGUUCCAGUGCUAAAAUCGUGGUGUUGUACACGGUGAGCACCAAAAGUCACAUGUACGCCGUAAUGCCAGCUAUCGAAGAGCUGGCGCAAAGAGGUCACCAAGUGAGUAUUUUCUCAUCGUUUCAAGGAAUGGCAAAGAAUGUUAAAAAUGGGCGCGAAUUCUUUUUGAAAGAGGCAGCACAAUUGGUUGACGAAACAGAAGUAGAUUGGUUCUCCAUGCAAAAAGAGGGACUUAACCAAUUUUUAACCAUGAUGCGUUACGUCAAGCAAAUGUCUUUAACCUCGUGUAACAACUUGUUGACUCACCCGGACUUUUUAGAAAUUUUGAGGAAGCGCGAAGUGGAUUUGUUCAUUGUCGACGGUUAUUUUCACGAGUUCCUGUUUCCCAUUUUCGAUCAUAUCGGAGUACCGUUUGUGACGCACAGUUCAAAUUCGGCAUUCCCGAACAUGUUGGCCGCAAUGGGAGCUUCUAAAGAUUACGCUUUCGUUUCAACGUCCAUAGUGCAAUUAGACGACCCGAUAACAUUCCCUCGGCGACUGUUGAACGUCAUGCUAAACGAAAUAUCCAGGCAUAUUCGGACGUAUUACAUUUUAAAAGAUCUAGAUGCUCUCCUGCAAUCUCAUAUCCCUGGUGUUCGAUCUAUCGCUGAGGUGGAGGGAGAAGCAAGUCUUUGCAUCAUCAACAGUCAUCCGAUGACUAACUGGCCCCGUUCGCUACCGCCAACUAUAGUGCCAAUAGGAGCCCUUCAUACCAGACCGGCAAAAUCACUACCCAAGGAACUAAAAGAGUUUGCGGAUGGAGCCACGGAUGGACUAAUUGUGUUCUCUUUAGGAUCUUUCGUUCCCGUUUCUUCAAUGCCAAAAGAAACGCUCGACACUUUCAUUCGAGUCUUCUCAAAACUUCCUCAGCGGGUGGUGUGGAAAUGGGAGGAAAAUGUCCCAGCAAAUGUAUCAGCCAAUGUCAUGAUGGUUGAUUGGCUUCCACAGCAGGAUCUUCUAGGGCAUAAUAAUACUCGAGUCUUUAUCAGUCACGGGGGAAUGCUGGGCACUCAAGAAGCGGCAUAUCACGGAGUCCCGAUGUUGGGUAUGCCUUUAGGUAACGACCAAAGAGGAAACGUCUACAAAGUGAAGCGUGGAGGUUGGGGAUUGCAGCUGGACUGGGACAAAAUCGAUGACCGCAACUUGAUUGAUGCCCUAACACACCUCGUUCACGACUCUAAUGUCCGGGCGAACGCCUCUCGAGUAUCGACCCUGAUGCGCGAUCAAUUAAUGCCGGGAGUAGAUGUUGCCGUGUACUGGAUCGAGUACGUGAUCCGUCACGGAGGCACUAAACAUCUACAGCUGUCCUCCAAAAACAUGCCAUUUUAUCAACGACAUCUUCUUGAUGUCACAUUAUUUCUAGGUUCAAUUUUAGGAAUUUUCCUUGGAAUUUCUUAUAAGUUGACUCGUUUGCUACUGAGUUGGAACACUAAAAACGAUAAAAUUAAAAUGAAUUAAAAUAUUUGAAAAAUUUUGGGCCUGCUGUUGUGUUGGGACAGCAAAAAUUACAAAAUCAAACUAAAACUAAAAAAUGCGAAAAAUACAGUUAUUCGAGCUCCA